GUGUGUGGCGUUGCAAGGUGCCUGCACACCUGUCACAAGCAACCGAAGGGCAGCAAAUAAAUAAUUGAAAACUCCUUUCAAGCGAGAAAUAUUUGAAUGCCAAGAAGCAAAUAACUACACACAACUACAAUUGAAGCAAUAAGAAGUUUUUAAAAGAUGACUGAGUAUCCGAGCACUCAUCUUGGUGACACAUUGUGAAAUGUACCAACAACAAACACGAUGUUUCUUGACUUCCUGAUCUUCUCCACAGCCAAUUCACAACGAUCAGAAAGUCACGACGCAACGGCGACCGAGGGUGUGGAAGUGGCUGCGGCGGCAGCUACAACAAUAGCCAUUGACAAAAUGACAACCGAAGGCAAACAAAGUGCGCAAACCGCAAACGAAUUACAACAAAAGCAGCAACUAAUUGUUGGCAACUUACUGACAACAGCCAACAAACAACAACCAAUAAGCAACAACAAAAGUGCAAACCAACCAAGCGUCGAAGCGACGGUAAGCGACGUAAUGCUUUGCUUUGUUGAUAAUAAUAAUAAAAGUCUAAGCGACAACAACAAAACAUGCAGUCGUACAGGCAACAGAAAUGGGAGCUACAACGGAAAUGCUUGCGGUGCCAGCAGGAGUAGUGCCGCUGAUGAUAGCAACCACUUUUGGCCGAUUGUUGGCAGCGAAAAUGAAAACGAAACGCUUCAGUGCACACCGCUGGCAGAGAUAGAAGUGGAAGCACCAACAGCAGCGGCAUUUGAACCCAUCGAAUGCAGCGGCGGGGAGGAAUGCGUUGAGGCUGAAAUUUUGUUGCGCCUAGGGGACGUUUACGGAAUACAACGGCCAAGUGACGAAGUGGGAUUAACAAAAACAAAAGAGAGUAUGAGCAACGGGACAGCAAUAAUAACUGGCGAAGCAGCAGCAGCAACAGAAACAGUGAAUAGUUUUGCAUUGACAGGCCAGUUUAGCUUAGCGGAAAUGGCAACGAGUACAGUGACAACAACAGCGGACACAACAUUUGGGUGGCUGCCAUUGGUGCUGCACGGUGGUGGCAUAGAGAGCAAAGCUGGCAUGCCAUUGCUGUGCACAGGUGGGAGAGCAGGCGCAUGCGCUUUGGACGCGAAACCAUCGAGAACAACGACGAUGAUGGCGGCGUCGGCGGCGACGGAGGCAGCAACAAUCACUGUGACGAGUGCGACUUGUGCUCUUGUCACAACAGCAACAACAACAACAACAACAAAAACAAAUACACUGUGCCAUGCCACUGACCAGAAUACAGGCAACCCAUGGCAGUUAAGCUUUGACGACGACCAGUAUGCCAGCGGCUGCAUACAGCAAAGAGUCACCGACUUGAAUGCGAGAACCGCAAGCGUGAGGGACGUGACGAAAUCAACUUCGUCAUCGAUCGAAAACAAUUCACCACAACGAGUAGCGUUUACGCACACGAAGGACUAUGCCACUACGAACGCCAUUUUCCCCACAACACAACACAUCAGCGCGACAUGCCAACAGGCUGAGGACGUGACAUCGGCAAAGGGUGACACAACAAAGUCCUUACAACAGCAACAACCAGCAGCUGGCGAAAGCCCCAUCGUCAUCAGAAAGUAUAGCAGCAGUAGCAGUGAAAGGAGCUGCGAUGGCAGCGUGGUGAAUGUGAAAGCACAUAGAACAGCAGCCAGUCGAGCCAGCGGCGACCAACACGACGAGGACAACGACAUACGAGUACGACGUGUGGCUGGAGCAGCAGCAGCAGCUGGAGCAGCUGAGACGAAAUUUUUUUCAAACUAUAGAAAAAAUUGGAAAACUCUGAAAAAUACCAAAGCAGCAAGCCAAGUGUGUGUUUUAGUGGAUAACGGCACUGCAAGUGAUUGUGAAAAUUUAUUGUGUAGUGAAAUUCGGCACGAAGCCAAUGCUGAUAACUGCUAUUUAUAUAAUUUUAAGGCCCUGAAUGGUGAGUGGUGUAUCUGUGAAGCAGCAAAUUUGUUGGCUGGCUGGGAAGACGACAGUGAGGUCAAUAGAGGGGGUGGUGGCGACGGCGACGGUGUCGUUGGAAACGCUGCUGUGCGCCUUGAUGACGGUACCAGUAGAAGUACCAGCACCAACGCCAGUGCCAGUGUCGAUACCAUAAAGGCCAUUCAUGAAAACAUUGAAACAGUAGAAGAAAGUAAAGUUGGUGAAAGUCGAAGUCGAAAGUGGUGUCAGGGGCAAGCGAAUGAAUGCGAACUUAGAUUGAAUACAAUUGAAAAAGUUGAAGAAAAGGAAAAAGGCUUUCAAGAGCCUAUCGAACAAAAAACAGAUACAGCUGGAAACGACGACGACGGAGGGCGCUACUUCGUCACAGACAGGCAGGCGGAGGCUGAAAAGCUCCAUAAGGGCCACUUUUCAUGCGAAUUGUCUACACUCGUGGCGACGAACGAGGCACAGCAACAAAUAGAAAAAGAACAGCUGAAAGCAGAAAGUAUAGGAAACGCCAAAGAGAUAGGUGAAAUAAAAACGAAAGAAGCGAAAAAUCAUAAAGGAAAAGAAGUAGAAAAAGGAAACGAAGAAGUAAGUGUAGCUGAGUAUGAAAAAUGCCCGCAUCAAUGCGACGUGAUUUGCACAAAUAAGCCUGCUCAGCAAAUUUGUGGUAAACGACUCAUCCCCCACACACAUCAAAGGCAGCCGAGGCAGGACCAGUCGCCAGCAGCGGAGAGCUGCAGCAGCUGGGUGGUAGGCGCAUAUUUCAAUUCAACGAAUACGCAACGAGCGCAACGAAUACAUAAUUCGCAACAGCAAUUCAAUUCUAUCAUUGAACAGCAGCCACAGCCGCAGCAGCAGCAGCAGCAGCAGUCACAGCUAAAGCCCGAUUACACGGCCGUCAAUGUUGCGCUCGUUGAAUACAGCAACGACAACGAAUUAGUAACUAAAGUGAUUGAUGAAAAAUCCACGCGGGGGCGACACAGUACAACAGACGAAGCCUUAGCGAGGCCACCGCUCCUAAGCGAGCAGGAGAGAGAAGAGUGGAAGUGCGUUGAAGAAAAGUGCGAGCAGCAAGCGAAUUGCUGGCAAGAGGUUUCACACGAAAAAGCAACAGCAGCGAGCCAUUGUAGAGAGGGGCCAGAAGUAGCGCAAAAUUGCAGCCCUGAUUGUGAAGUUAUUAAUGAAAACAAGACUGCCUACGCGACCAACCCUGCUGCGGUCAUAGACAGAGCCAGCCCAACUGGGAACGAAGUAGCGACGCGGCACGACCUGCAGCGUAAGCAUAAAUCGGCGAUAGAAACAAAAGAAAGCAGGCAAAGCGACGCACGAGAAAGCAAAGAGGAAAAAGUAAGCGAAAAUUGCAGAACGCGAGGAGAGGAGGAGUCGCAGAAAGAAGCAUUUUUUAAGUGUACAAGUGCUCUUGGUAGUGGUGGUGUUGCUAAUAGAUGGCGGCGCAGCCACACCACUUGCGAGGCACCUGAAAGUGCAAGUAAUCAAAGAGAUAAGUGGCCAAAAGGAGGCGCUAACGACAACACAUCAACACAUCAAGCGGUCGAACAAGUGGCAAAUGUUGCCAUAGAAGCCAACGCCGAGAAUGCAAAAGUGUUUAAAGAGGUAAGUGCGACAAGCACACAACGCACUUCAAGCUUAGCUAAAGCACCACAAAGUGAAAGUACCCAACGACAAUUGCGUCAGGGGUUGGAGCUUGGGCUGUAUUGGGGCAAUUUAGUUCAAGUUGCAACACAGCAGCAACAGCAAACUAUUGACGAAGAAGUAGCAAAAACUAUAACUGCACGACGAUUACCGCAGAAGCACACUCGAGAAAGUGCAGCACAAAAGGGGUCACAACAGCUGGAUUCGCUAGUUGAAUGCGAAAAAUAUAGGGAAUGCGCUGAUAUAAAACCGAAACAGCUAGACAAUACAAACCUAAGUGAGGCAGAUAAACUACUUUUGAAUAGGCAACACUUAGCCGAAGCGUGUACCCACUAUAGCGCGGCGCACGUCGCACACGCAGCCCCCAAGGGAACGCUUAACGUGUCAGCACCAUCAUUAGCAGAGGGUGUCGUCGGUGGUAGAGACGAAUUUGCGGCUAGUCAACGCUUGCAACGUUUGCAACAACAUUUUCGUGGAUUAGUAUGCGUGACACGCAAUCAUUUGAAAGACGAACACGAGCCCCAAUAUGACAACGGCAACUUUGGCCACGACGACGUGCAUGCUAAUGAAGUGAGCGCAGGGGUGGUAGCGCAGCAGAAAUUACAGAAAAGCGAUAGAGACUACUACGAGGGCGACGGCAACGGAGACGAAGUAGCUUGUUCAUCAGACAAAUUUUUCUAUACGAAACGGCAGGCAGACGAAGCAGCGAAGUACGAAGAAGCCUUGAAAAGCAGUGAAAGCAAACACUUCGAAGGUAAGCUUGGUACUAAAGGUUGCUUGGCAGAGGGAGACGCAUACGCGCGGCGAAGCGCUGACAGUCAGACGACGCAGCAGAUAAUUGAAAUACCAAAGGACAACAAAAACAACGCCGGCGGAGGAGGUCUAGUGGACCUAACGGAAGAAGAACAAGAGGCAGAAACUGUUGUUGUGUUGCUCGAUAGAGCAAAACCAGCAGCAAGAACAGCAAAAAUAAUAACAACAACACUUGCGGUUGGCCAAAUAACAGACAAAAGACGAAAUUGCAGCAACAGUGGUGGCGUAAGGUCGCCACAGUGGAUAAUAGCAGCUGCGACAAACAACAAAGGCGACCUGGUCGUUGAAAAGCCAAGUGCAAUCCAAUUAACAGCAGAAACUCGUUACAACAGCAGCAGCGUUAAGCUAGCGGACAACAACAAUAAUCGGCGAAAUAAAAAUAGUAAUUGUAAUCAACAAAAUAAUUUCGAGAGAAUCAACAACACUUUUAGACAACCGAGCAGCGAGUGCGCAGCAGCCACAGCGCAGGAAUUAAUCAACGAACAGAGUGAAAAUAACGAGCGCCUAGCGGAAGCAAGAGCAACAGCAGUUGGCGAGAGAACAACAGAGCGCCGCUCAAUUGAAUGCUGCGAAAAGCAACGAGCGGAGGCACUUGACUCGCUGCUAGCGACUAGUGAUAGUGGUAAACUAACGGUACACAGUACAACCCCAACUGAGGUAGGAAUAACUACAGUUAGUCAAGAAGAUAAACCACCAGAAGAGGAAGAAAAGCAAGCGGAGGACGAGCAGAAGAGCGCGGCGACGAGAGGAGCAACAGCCACCCCAAAGCAAACAGCAAAUUCCAAUGCGACUGUGAAUGCCAGCAGUAUACAAAACGCUACAACAACAACAGCAACCACUGAGGCGCGAAUAAACAAUAACAAAAAUCGCGUGGAAAUACUUGAACAGCCAACGCGACAUAAACAAAGUGGUGGUGGCAUAACAGACGCGACGUCAGCGUCGCCAACCCACAACGCAGAGUCACGCGAACUUGCACUGACCAACGCAACAGAGAAUUCAACGGCUACAACAAUAACAACAACAACUGUAGAAAGUUUUGCUAACUCAAUAGUCAGUAAUCGCCUUUUGAAUCCAACGAAAACCGCAACAUUUGCACAGGAACAGUGCCAACUUUUGAACUCGCAGCCGGAAGCGCAUUUAGAAGCGCCAUCGCCAUUGCCAUCGCCAUCGCCAUCUUCACCAUCGCCACCACCACGUCCGCCACCGCCCAAAGCGGCUUUGAAUUUUGGUCGGUUAAGCGCUUUUGUUGCCACAAAACCCUCAAGUGAACAACAUUUUCCAGCGGCAACCGCACCGUUUUUGUACUGCAAUCACGUCAUUAACAAAAACUGUUGUGUCUACAACCAUUUGAGUCCCUACGUACCCCCCGCCAUCUAUCAGCCCAUAUACGAGUACGCCUUUUAUCCGCUUGCGGGCAAUUCGCUAUACGAAUUUGAUGCGCGUCGAUUGAGUGAUAUCAUCGGUGGCGGAAACGUAACAACAACAACAAAAUCAACACCAACAGCAACAAAUCACUGUGUACCAUUGUCCGUUGUCGGUGUGGACACAAAUCAAAAUCUCGUACGCGACACAAAGAAGUGUGAAUUCAAUCGUAUCGGCGGCGGUGGCUGUGACGGCCAAGGUAACUACGUUGCUCUAACGCCGCUGAACGGUGGUGUUAGCGCGUUUCCGAAUUCAGACGCCUUCGAAUGUUACGACGAAUUAUUCGAUGAAGUGUCGUCAAUCGGUAUUGACACAGACGUGUACGCGAAUAGUGAGACCGCUGAAACAAAUUCGAUUUGUGAUUGUGUGAAUUGUGCGAUUGAACAAAAUGCAAAUCAGUUGCUGAACAACAGCGACAACAUUAACAGAAGCAACAACAACAACGAAAACGACAUUAGUGUUUAUAAUUUGAAAAACGUUGANAGCAAUUACGCUCAUUUAAAUCAAAGUGUAUCGUGCGCAUCAGACGUGCCCGCACGCCCAAUAAAUUGUGUCACCAGCAGCGACAUCAACACCAAAGUAUCUCGAAGUGCAACAAACGUGCGCACGCAAGUGACCAAUCGAAACCAAAAAAUCAUAUUGUAA